GGGUUAGGGGUCGGGUGAAGAAAGCCUCGGGGCCUGGGACGGUGCGGAGAGAGGGCGCCUUGGACAGCCGCUGGUGAGCAGAGGAACACGGGCGACUGAGGACGGAGCGCGGCGGACAAGCCCAGCCAGGCUGGGUCUAUCCAUGUCAUGGCUACACACACCAGGAAAAUGGCAGAGUUGUUGGACAAUGAUCAGUUCUUGGAAAACGUUGGGGUGACCACAAAAUCCAGACUGCAGGAUAAUCAUUCACCACGGCAAGAUUUUGCUGUGCCUCAUCUAGGACCAGCUAGAGGUUUGCUGGUAACACAUAUCAACAAGACACAGGAUCUGCUGGUUUCCACAGAAGCUGCAAAUAGAGCACCUUCCAACUUUGUACCAAAGCCCCCAAAGCAGGAAGGACCAUUAGUUCUUCAAACAUCAUGUGGCCAGGCCCAAACCUCAACAGACUGGUUAAAGACAAAUGGAUUGAAAGCUAAAAAGUUAAACCUUUAUCAAGUUUUGGCUCCCAAUGCCUUCUCUCCUGUGGAAGAAUUUGUACCUAUUCUUAAGAAAACAGUAUCAUCAACUCUCCAUGAGAAAGUGAUGGUGCAGUUUGAAUGGUAUGAUGGAACUGUGAAAAAUAUCCACGUUGACCUGCCAGUAUUGUACCACUAUCAGAAACUCCUUGCUAAGAUGGUUAGAGUCUAUGAGAGCCGAAUUGACUGGCUGUGUUCUGCUAGCAGAAGCAUAUGGGGAACUGUCUGUGAAAGGAGGGUGGUUAUACUUGUUGAUAUAUCAAUGACAAACUCGAGGUACAUCAGCCACAUCCAACAUUCUUUGCGACUGUUAUUCGAGGAACAGCUGUCAGAUAAGGAUUGCUUCAAUGUUCUAGCAUUUGGGAGUGAUGUUGUGCCUUGGCAGCUGGAACUAGUUCCUUCUAAACCAGAAAACUUACAAAGUGCUUGGAGGUGGGUGUUGAACUUGCAGUGCAAAGGGAGUAGAAAUUUCAUGAGUGCUCUCAGGAGAGCUAUGGAAAUAGACUUCAAAGACAAAAAUAAGCACAAAUCACAAGGACUUUACCUGCUGACUACUGGAAUACCUGAUCAGGAAACACACACUCUCAGUGCUUAUGUAGCUGAGGUUUGCAGAGGUUUUGAUUUGCAGCUUCAUGUCUGCCUCUUCAGUGUGAUGGAAGAGCCUGACUCCAACAGAAUGAUGCCAGCCCGCUGUGCUAACCCAACUGAAACUGCCACAGCUUAUAAAGAGAUAGUCCAGGCAGCCAAUGGGAGAUUUCAUUGGUUUGGAGAGGCAGGUAUUUUUGAAAGUGAUGAUAUUACUGUUCUUGUGUCUGAAAUGGAAAAAGCAAACAGCUACUCCCAGAAGUGUGCAUUGCUGGUGGAAUCCUUAAAGCAGCGUUCAGUAAGUCAGUCUGCUCAUCCAGAUGUAGCAGAAGGAGACUCAAAUGUGCUUGCCAAGAAGGAGAAAAGAAAGCCACAGAAGUUGCCAUCUCCUAAACCCACAGCUCUGAGUCUGGCCAGAAUGUAUAUUAAAGAUAACAGUGCAGAGAGAAAUGCUUCUUUAAGAGUACUGGCAUGGCGUCCUACUAGUGCUAAAGCAGAAAUUCCACAAGCACCAGCAAUGAAAGAAUGGCCUCAAGCUGAGAGUAAAAGCAAGCAUAAACCAAGGAAGCAGCCAGAGUUUUCUGUGUCACUAUUUUAUACUGGUAGAGGAAGAGAUGUGGGUACAGUGUACCAAAAGUAUCCAAAGCCACUGUGCAUGAGGCAUUCUGUUCCUUGCCUUGCAUUGCCAAAAAAAGAGGAAAUAUGUUCAAGCAGAGAGUGGCUGACCAAGUACAGUAUUAAAAAGCUUAAACUGGAGUUGCCCAGACUGAUGUUUGGUCCAGGCUGUACUCACCAAAAGAAAACUGUGGAGUCUCUGCAUAAGGAAGUGUCAGCAAAGUACUGUGCUAUCUUCCCUAGUGUUGAAAUCAAUGGGGUUGUGAAGCAUCUGCAGAUCCCAUCUAAGGAACUGGAGAGCUACACUGGACAACUGGAGCAAGUGCUGCAGCGCUACAUACAGAGAAUACAGUGGCUUCUGUCAGGAAGCAGGAGGUGGUUUGGUACCAUUGUAGAAGCAAAUGUCUGUCUUAUGAUUGACACAUCUGGUUCCAUGGACCCCUAUUUGCCACAUGUGAAAAAAGAACUUACCUCUCUUAUCUGGGAGCAGCUGAGGAAAAAUGGAGUCAGGUUUAACCUGCUGAGGUUUGCAGACAAUACAGAGAGUUGGAAGGAGCAUCUUGUAGAGGCAAGUGAUGAAACCUGUCAUGAUGCUGUGCAGUGGAUGUCCAGAUUUCAGGCUCAUGGUAAUGCCUGCAUCCUUAUGGCUUUACAGAAGGCUCUCAGUUUCCAAGGUGUAGAGGCAGUGUAUGCAUUGACUGCUGGAAAAGCAGACACCAGUUGCAGUCUGAUUUUGAAAGAAAUGGAAAGACUGAGAAAGAAACAAGAUAUUAAAAUCCACACCAUUACCUUCAGCUGUACAGACAGAGGAGCUACUGAAUUUCUGAAGAAGCUUGCUGCCCAAACAGGAGGGCGCUACCACUGCAGUUUUGGAGCUGUGGAUGGACUAUUAGCAGCACAGAGAUUGUUGGCAGAGGGGUUUGAUGAUGAAGAUGAUCCUGUUUUCCCUUACUUUGAAGGAGAUGACUUAAAGAAACUUACACAAGAAGUAGCAAAAGCCAGAAGUUUCUUAAAGCAAGCAAAAUCUUUCAGGUUACUGCUUCAGAAAUGGAAUAGAAACCAAAAGGACAAUUCUGGCUUUUAAGAAAGUGCUCAGGAGAAAAAGAAUAUGGAUCCAGAGUUUCCUGUAGCCUAA